UUGAAAACCUGUGUUUAUAUUUGUGUAAUAAAUUAAAAGUUGCCUCCCAAAUUUAAAUAUAUAAAACUCUUAUAAAAACGUGAGAGAAUUUUCGAAUAAAGCUCGUCAGAAAUGCACUUAAAGGAUUAAAAGUGACGCACAUUAUUGACACAAUUAGUUUUUGUUUUCUGUUUUGUUGAUCCGGAUUGGCGUGCAUCAAAAUGCAAGAGAAAAACUGAAAUUGUUUGCCCAACAACAGCAGCUGCAGGGCUUGAGCACAGGAAUGUUGACAUACUGUAGCUGCAGUCGACACAAGUACGAUAUAGUGGCAAUGCGCCAAUGAUAAGGCUACCGAAAAUCAGUGCUCUCUGUAUUGUUACCAGGUAGUGAAACCUCUGCUUCAAUUCGUAACUGGGGCACAAGAAAAAGAACUCGAGUUCUUUAAAUUAACAGAAACCAUUCGUAAAUUGAACGAAGAUAAAGCUGCACUUGAAAAAAAAAAUAAGGAAUUAGAAUUGCAACGUGAAUUAUUGAUAUCAUGUAAACUAAAUAUGGAAAAUUUAAAGGCUACCCAGUGCACUGAUGCAACCGAGAAGCCUGAUUCCAAAAAUGCAAAUACAUUUUCUGUAAAGGUUCAAGAAGACAAUUCAAAUAUGUCUAGUUGUUUAGAUAAGAAAACUGGAAUUCAAGAGAUGAGAGUUUCCCAUGUUCAGACAUUCCCAGUAUCUUGCGACUCCGACUUGGUCGGUUCUGGAUGGACAGUUAUUCAGAGGCGCAAGGAUGCUAGCGAAAGCUUUAAUCGAGGCUGGACUGACUAUCGCAGGGGUUUCGGAAAUCUAGAGAACAAUUUCUUCAUUGGACUCGAAAAGCUUUAUCUAUUAACCAGUCAAAAGCCCCAUGAACUUUACAUAUAUUUGAAGAGCUCGGAUAAUGAAGUUCGACAUGUUAAAUAUUCUCUGUUUAAAAUUGCUGGCGAAUCUGAGAAUUACAAACUAUUGUCGGUUGGAAUUCCUUCGGGCAAUGCUGAAGAUUCCAUGGCUGUUCAUGUAGGUAUGAUGUUCUCUACCUAUGAUCGGGAUAAUGAUAAGACGGGUGAUAAUUGUGCCUCCGAUUGGAACUCUGGCUGGUGGUUCAACUCUUGCUUUCAUGGAAAUCUUAAUGGGAUUUAUAAAGAUAAUGUAACAAAUCUAGAAAAUGGAAUUAAGUGGAACUCAUGGGACACUGAAAAGGAAUUCAUUUUUGUGCAAAUGAUGAUUAGACCAAUAGUCAAUUGAUUGAUUGACUCUAUUUCAAAAUAAAGACGAUGGUUUUCACUGGCAUUUCAAUCAAAUUUUGUUAUAAAAUGUUUCUUCUCUUUAAAAUAUUGUUAAUGAUAAUUUCAAUAAUCUACGAUCAAUUGCUUACAAUAUUGUUAAGUCUUUUGACUUUUUAUGUUUGUGCUGUUUACAAUUCAACUAAACUGAAUGUUGCAAAUUA